CGCCGCCCGUUCUUUUUGGCACGCCGGCAAGUGCCCGGGAGGCCGCAGCCCAGCGGAGCCACACACGCGCGAGCGAGGAGAACCGUCCGGGUCGCGGGACAGGCCGGCUAAAAAGCGGAGCGGGGUUGCGACGGUCGCGGUCCCGGGGAGCGCAGGCAGCGGCAGCGGCGGCGGCGGCGGCGGCCCUCCUCGGCCGGGACCACCGGCAUGGCCUUAGCCGACAGCGCCCGGGGGCUCCCUAACGGCGGCGGCGGUGGCGGCGCCCGGAGCGGCGUCUCUCGCGCUCCAACGGCCUCUGACCUGGCCUCGUCCCCGUCGUCGGGGCCCAUCCCGGAGAUCGUGGAGCUGAACGUGGGCGGGCAGGUGUACGUGACCCGGCGAGGGACGGUGCUGUCGGUGCGCGGCUCGCUGCUGUGGCGCCUCUUCUCGCAGCAAGAGGCCACCGACCUGCCCCGCGACGCCAAGGGCCGUUUCUUUCUGGACCGCGACGGCUUCCUCUUCCGUUACGUCCUGGACUACCUGCGCGAUCAGGAGCUGGUGCUGCCCGAGGGUUUCCCGGAGCGCAACCGCCUGCGCCGCGAAGCCGAAUACUUCCAGCUGCCCGAGCUGGUGCGCCGUCUGGCGGCCUCGAGUUCCUCCCCGGCCCUGCCGCCGCCGCGCUUCGCGGGGCUGCUGCGCGACUCCUCGGUGUGCGCCGACGACCCGGCGGCGGCGGCGUCGGGGCUGGGUUACUUAGAAGCGGACUUCAGCGAGACCCCGGCGGCUUCGGCUGCCUCGCCGACGUCGGGCCGCAGCCCGUCGGGGCCCGCGCCUCCGAUGCUGGCGGCUUCCCUCUCUCUGGACGCCGGCGGAGGUCCCGGCGGCCGCCGCUCGGGCUACAUCACCAUCGGUUACCGGGGCUCGUACACCAUCGGGCGGGACGCCCAAGCCGACGCCAAGUUCCGACGGGUGGCCCGCAUCACGGUGUGCGGCAAGACGGCGCUGGCCAAAGAGGUCUUCGGCGAGACGCUGAACGAGAGCCGCGACCCGGACCGGCCUCCCGAGCGUUACACGGCCCGCUACUACCUCAAGUUCAACUUCUUGGAGCAGGCCUUCGACCGGCUGAGCGAGGCCGGCUUCCGCAUGGCGGCCUGCUCCUCCACGGGCACCUGCGCCUUCGGGCCGGAGCAAGGCGGCCCCGCCGACGACAAGAUUUGGACCAGCUACACCGAGUACGUCUUCUGCCGCGAGUGAGCGCGCCCGACGCCCGUUCCCCGGGAGUGGGGUGGGGGAGAGGAGGCGGCCGCCUGCGGGGCUGUGGCGGGAGACGGUUGCUUUCCUCGCCGCUUUAUCUCUAGACGAGCCUCCCCGGGUAGCCCGCCGCUUUCCCACGGGCCCGCCGGCGGUCGCCUCGGCCUCCCCAGUCCAGCGAAGCGGCUCUUUUCGACGGCCCUUUGGACCCGAACUGCGGACCUCCGUCAGCCCAGCCACCUCGCGGGUCCUUGGGUCCAAAUGGUGGUUUCCUCCCCCCCCGCCCCACUUUUAAAGCUGGCCCCUCCGAACGAGCUUCCCCAGCCGUCCCACAUGGCGACGGGAGGCCUAGUGUGGCGGAGCUGGA